AUGUUAUUCCAGGUUGUACCAGGUUAUGGCCAUGCAGUUCUGCGCAAAACUGAUCCAAGAUAUACUUGCCAACGUGAAUUUGCCUUGAAGCAUCUUCCGGAUGAUCAUAUGUUCAAAAUAGUGGGUCAGGUUUAUCAAAUUGCGCCAAAGAUACUUGGUGACAUGGGAAAAAUCGCCAAUCCUUGGCCAAAUGUAGAUGCCCACAGUGGAGUAUUAUUACAGUUUUACGGAAUGAAAGAAACAAAUUAUUACACAGUACUCUUUGGUGUAUCGCGAGCUCUAGGUGUGCUAUCGUCGCUUGUAUGGGAUAGGGCCCUUGGCCUACCCAUUGAACGUCCGAAAUCUCUAUCUACUGACAAGCUGAUCGAGUUUUCAAAAAUCAAACCCAAAUAA